CACAGGAGAUACAAGGCCUGUGACAGUUCCGUGUCUUGCGACUGCGACCGGGGUCGGCUGCUAAAAUCCAUCUCCAUCUUCUUUAUUCGCGGAUAAAAUGAUGAUCAAACCGACAAGAGCAUAAACUACAGAGUCUGAGCUUUCGCCUGAGCACACUAUUGCGAUAUUUUAGAGUUGUCUUCAUUAGAAAAGGAAUGGUGAAAAGUGAACUCCGUCGGAAUAAUCCGAAUUCUCCUCAGGGAUUCGGAGGGGUUGGGGUCGCGUAAAGAUAUAAAGGUUUGUAGCAGUUAAAUAAAGUGUACAUUGUUGAAGGUGAGGCGAAUUUAAAGUACAAAACGCGUCGGUUUUAAUAGGAAUUAAUUUGGAUAGAAUCGAGUGACCCGUUCGGAACACGGCGAUGGAGCUACGAGUUGGGAACCGAUACAGACUGGGCAGAAAAAUUGGAAGUGGAUCAUUUGGGGACAUUUAUCUGGGCACAGACAUUUCAGUUGGAGAGGAAGUUGCCAUCAAACUAGAAUGUGUGAAGACCAAGCACCCACAGCUCCACAUCGAGAGCAAGAUUUACAAGAUGAUGCAGGGUGGAGUUGGCAUCCCUACCAUAAAGUGGUGCGGUGCAGAAGGAGAUUAUAAUGUGAUGGUGAUGGAGCUGCUGGGUCCCAGCCUGGAGGAUCUCUUCAAUUUCUGCUCCAGAAAGUUCAGCCUGAAGACUGUCCUGCUGUUGGCUGAUCAAAUGAUAAGCCGCAUAGAGUAUAUCCACUCCAAGAACUUCAUUCACAGAGAUGUGAAGCCUGAUAACUUUCUGAUGGGCUUGGGAAAGAAAGGCAAUCUGGUCUACAUCAUUGACUUCGGUCUGGCCAAGAAAUAUCGUGACGCACGGACCCACCAGCACAUUCCCUAUCGUGAGAACAAGAACCUGACGGGCACUGCACGCUAUGCAUCCAUCAACACGCACCUUGGCAUUGAACAGUCUCGGCGUGAUGACCUGGAGUCUCUUGGCUAUGUGCUGAUGUACUUCAACUUGGGAUCGCUGCCCUGGCAGGGACUAAAGGCCGCCACCAAGAGACAGAAAUAUGAGCGUAUCAGCGAGAAGAAAAUGUCUACGCCUAUUGAAGUUCUCUGCAAGGGCUAUCCAUCUGAAUUUGCCACAUACCUCAACUUCUGUCGGUCACUGCGAUUCGAUGACAAGCCGGACUAUUCGUACUUGAGGCAGCUCUUUAGGAAUCUGUUUCACAGACAGGGCUUUUCCUACGACUACGUGUUUGACUGGAACAUGCUCAAGUUUGGCACAAACCGUACAGCAGAGGAGGCAGAGCGUGAGAGGAGAGAGCGGGAUGAACGGAUGAGGCACAGCAGGAAUCCUGCCACCCGAGGCAUCCCAGCAGCCUCAGGCAGACCCCGCCCCACGCAGGACAGCGCACAGCCCACUCCCCUGACUCCCACCUCUCACACAGCAAACACAUCCUCACCCAGACCGGUCACUGGUAUGGAGCGUGAACGGAAGGUCAGCAUGAGGCUUCAUCGUGGUGCCCCAGUGAACGUGUCAUCUUCUGACCUUACGGGACGGCAAGACACUUCCCGCAUGUCCACAUCACAGAAUAGCAUUCCCUUCGAUCACCACGGCAAGUAGUUGCUUAUCACGUCCUUGUGAGGGCAACCGCACCAGAUUAUUUCCAUGUCCCAGCAGCCUCCACUUUGCAAUAUGGAGCAUGAUGGACAACCCAACUACACAUGGCUGAUUGACCGCUCUUCACCAUCCGCUAAUAGAUAGGGCAGUCAGUCUCCCUUCUGUUGACCAAGCCAAAAUGGUGUAGAACCAACCUGACCUCUGCUUAAAGGCUCUUUCUCUCUCACAUUCUCAAUUUCUAUCUCACUCUUUAAAUGUUUUUAUGGACAAAAGAGCAAAGGCCUGUUGCGAAAUCACUCCAGUGGGUUAGCCAAUCAGAGACUGGAUCAGCCAGCCACACCACCGUUAACAAAUGCAUCUUCACAGCCCCACUCUGUACAUCAGUGCUGCACAAAUUUGUCUGGUUCAGGCUCCUCUUGAUUGAGGCUAAUGUAUCAUCUAUCUAUGUGGUUUAAAUGGGUCUUUUUGUUUCUUUUGUAAUACCGUUUUCUAUUCUAUUUUAACCUGCCAAACAGACAACUCUGUUAAAAUUAUUGGUUAACUUUUAAAUUUGUAUUUACUCUGUGUAUUUAUUUUUUACUAUUCAUUUUAAUAGCCCUCUAUAACUGGUGAGUUUACAGACAGAUUCGUUUCCCCAGGUGGUGUAAAGUGGAUGGACCACAAAGAGGCCAAUAUCUCCACAUAUAUCACUUAUAGCAAACGGACUCUGUGGGGAACCUGUAAGCCUUGCCAGUUUGUCUGCUAUAUUAAUCUCUUUAACUGUACAAUACUGGCUCCACAUUAUUGUGUGUCUUCCAUUUCUAAGCUGUGAAAUAACUGUAAAUAUUUGUGUAAAUGUUUCUAUACAACUCCUUAGACUAUGAAAUGGCCACAGAUGGUUUGAGUCUGAAACGUGUAACUAGAUUGUUUUUAUAAAGCCACUAAAAUGAAGUGCAAGACAUCGGGAGUUUCAUGCACUCUGAACUUGAACUUUGACUCUUAGUAUGCUGGUUUGACUGCUUAAUCAAGACCAUGUUAAGAUCUGCUACAUGACACGUCUUUUGAAAAGAUUUUGUGUACUCCACUUGGAAGUAUAUGGAUGCAGUGGGAUUGUGUGAGCUCUGAUGGUAUUUUGGAAGUGAUAAGUAUUUUGAUGGAUAUAUAGAUUGUUUUUGCAAAGGUUGAAAGAGUGAAAACAAAUCAAAGAAGUCUUACUUUAAAGUUCAGAAGUAAUUUCAGGAAUAUUCCAGCACUGAUGUGGCUUCUGCACCUCCAAAGCUGAUCUGGUCAUCACUUUACUGUUCCCAUGUCAUCUUUAGAGGGGACUUUAGUGACUUCUGAGUAAAGUUUUUCAUCUUAUCCCUCUCUUUUAAGACCACAGCUGUUUUGGGCUCCACACACACACUUGUGGAAGCCAUGCCAAUUUGUCAGUCCUGUAAGAAUUUGUAAUACUGCCGUAUUUGUGUAUUUUAAACUAUGUAAAUAAAUGCUUUA